GCCGCUUCUUCGCCGAGGGCAGCCCAGGAUGUUGUGGUGGGAUGCGCGGGUGACGACGCUCUUCAAGCGGAACCUCCAGCCCACGCUGACCUACUGGAGCGUCUUCUUCAGCUUCGGCCUGUGCAUCGCCUUCCUGGGGCCCACCCUGCUGGACCUGCGCUGCCAGACCCAGAGCUCGCUCUCGCAGAUCACCUGGGUCUUCUUCUCGCAACAGUUCUGCCUGCUGAUCGGCAGCUGCUUGGGAGGCAUUUUCAAGAGAACGUUGGCCCAGUCUCUGCUUGCUCUCUUUGCAUCCUCACUUGCUAUCUCUGUGGUUUUUGCCAUCAUUCCUGUCUGCCACAAUGUGGUGGUGCUUGCGGUGGUCAUGGCCAUGGCUGGCCUGGCCAUGGGGUGCAUCGACACGCUGUCCAAUAUGCAGCUGGUGAAGAUUUAUCAGAAGGAUUCGGCAGUCUUCCUGCAGGCCCUUCAUUUCUUUGUGGGCUUUGGUGCCCUGCUGAGCCCCCUGAUAGCUGACCCUUUUCUGUCGGAUACCAACUGCAUUCUGGCCAAUGGCACAGCCAACGGCAACAGCAACCUUCCUCACCUCCGAAAGUCGCUAGUCCCCCAUCACCUCGGGAACCUGUCGCAUUAUGACCUGCCCACGAAAGGACUGGUGGUGACCCGGGUGUCUUACGCCUUCUGGAUUAUGGCUUUGAUCAAUCUGCCUGUCCCCAUUGCAGUGUUCCUUUUGCUCUACAAGGAAAGGCUGGUGCCAUGUUGCCAGCACAGCAGCCCCCCACUGCUGCCUGCCGAUGAACUGGCGCUGGAAACACGGAUAGCCGACAGGGAUGAUUCUUCAACUUCCUCGCCAAAAAUUCAGGCAGAAACAGGGCAUGAUGACCUCUUUGGAUGCUGCCAAAGCAAGAACUUCAGAGGAGCUCCCUGCUCUUACUUUGCUGUUCAUGUGACUGGAGCCCUUCUCCUUUUCAUGACAGAUGGGAUCCUGGGCGAGUACUCUGGUUUUGUGUACAGCUAUGCCGUGGAGGAACCGCUUUCAGUGGGACAUAAAGUGGCUGGCUAUCUGCCCAGUCUCUUCUGGGGUUUCAUCACACUGGGCAGGCUCAUCUCCAUCCCUGUGUCAUACAGAAUGAAGCCAGCAACUAUGGUUUUCAUCAAUGUGGUUGGAGUGCUCAUAACGUUCUUCCUGCUCCUGAUCUUUUCCUACAGCAUUGUCUUUUUGUUUGUGGGAACUGCUUCACUUGGCUUAUUCCUCAGCAGCACUUUCCCCAGUGUGCUGGCCUACACCGAAGACAUCCUCCAGUACAAAGGAUGUGCCACGACUGUGUUGGUGACCGGAGCAGGAGUUGGAGAGAUGGUUCUGCAGUUACUGGUGGGGUCGAUCAUUCAUGAUCAGGGCAGUUACAGUUUCCUGGUCUGUGGAACCAUCUUUGGAGCCUUGGCCUUUACUUUCUAUAUCUUCCUUCUAUUUUUCCACAGGAUGCACCCUCAGCCCCAGUCAGAUAUGGAUCUGUCACCUGACAAGCCGCCGCCACCAAUAGGGGAAGUUGGACUUUAUCAGAGCUAAAGGAAGCAGAGUUUUUUAUUUGGAUCAAGCACACAGUCCCUUCAGCUGAACAAUUUGCUCUCACCGCCUGGUAUAAAGCUACCUGAAUUUUCUACAAUUGGACUCGUUCGUUACAACUCUUCCCCAUCAACCAGUCGUCCAAUGUUACCAGAGGAAGUUCACUGCAGCAAGGCCUAAGAGACAAACUGCAGAAUCCUAGAAGGGCUGAAAAUUUUGAUAUAUGGAAGUUUAACUCCUCUGGUAAACUAGUUCUGUUUAGGGGCUCAGGUGGUGAAAAGGUGUCUUGCUGUCAUUUUACAGGCGUGGGCUAGGGAGGUCUCUCCGUGUUUUAUAUUCACUACAGCCAGGACAUCUAUAGAUAUGGGUGGGCACCCCCUCCUCAUCUGGUAAGCUGUAAACUCUUUGUUGAAGGGGAAUAAAAAGAAAUUCGAUCCCUGGUAUUAUAUACAGCCAUCCAGAUUAUUUUUUAAAAAUGCAUCAAAUCACCACCCAGGUCAUAGUAUUCAAAUCUUGUGUGUGUCCCCCAGAUGGGAUGUCACUAUGUUCACAAGGUGAUGGGAUAGUACAUAAUGAUGGGUUAAGGUCAGUUGAACCAGGAUAUGCUGGCCUGUUAAAAUUAGCAUGGUAGAAGAUACAAAGAGAGUAGUUGGCUACUUUAUUUGAAAGAAGGGACUAACUCCUGAAGUAUGAAAGUUCUGAAGUACAGUAAGCCAAGUGUCAGGUCUCUUCCAUUUGUGCAAUAUAAUAAUAGGUGCCUUCCGUGAGCAAAACUUGAGAGGUACUGAAUAUCCAGGCCAUAGUAGCCAUUUUCAUGACUGCUAUAAAUGAAGGUAUUGGGAUAAUUUAAGACAUAGCUUUAGCAGAAUUGAGCUGGUUUUGUUGCAAAUGCUGUCCCGUGGAUAUACAUGUGUAUGUAUAUAAAGGAAUGUUUAAUAUGAUUGUUGUUGUCGCAUGAACUCAUGGAAUGACUAAGAUGGGACCCGGCAACUUCACUCAAGCAGAGCUAUUUUGUCCAAGAGGCUUUUUGCAUUGCUCAUCUCAAAAUUGUACAGUUAUACUGAAUUUAUGUUGCCAUUUGGCUUACAGAUUGCUAUGUUGCAUGGGUAUGCACCCUCAUCUUUGAUUUCCAUGUUGUCCAAACCUUCAAAUAUACCUUCCUUGAUUACA